CAAUUUCCACGCGUUCCUCUUUUCCAAGCAGCUUCCUUUGUCUCCCUUAAAUUUAUUCCACAUCCACACACCACAUUCUCCCUCACCAAUAAAAUCCAAAUCACCAAAGCCGCCUUCUCCAGCCUCCAAGGAAAGAACUGAAACAGUGCUAAUAAGGAAUGGGCUCUCAAGAGGAGGAGAUCCUUUCGCCGCCGAGCUGGAAGGACUCGGCCAUGAAAGAGCUGGCCCAGGGGCGGGAUUCCCUCGUCAAGCUUGCUUCUCUGCUUCAAAUUGGUUCGUCGGAGAAUAAUCGGCCGGAGAAUGCGACGGCGACGGCCGGUAUUCUUAUUGAAGAGGCGAUAAGCGCAAUUUAUAGAGCAAUGAGUGCGGUGGAAUCUGCAGGGGAGAAGAUGGAGGUAAAUCUAGCGGUUGAUUCUUCCAGUGCUACGAGUAAGGAUGUAGGAGGAAAGAGGAAGACGCAGACUUCAAGGAAAGCAGGUUACAGAAGAAGAAGUAGCCCAUAUUUAUGGAGAAGGAUUACUUCAAACAAGAUUGAUGAUGGGCAUACAUGGAGAAAAUAUGGGCAAAAGGAUAUCUUCAGUGCCAAAUACCCAAGAAGCUAUUUCAGGUGCACGCACAAGUUCGAUCAAGGUUGCAAGGCCUCCAAGCAGGUGCAGAGAUCGGAGGACGACGACUCCUUGUUCGUCAUCACCUACUUCGGCGACCACACAUGCGUCGACCCGAGCAAGGCCAUGAUUCCUCCUUCCAGAGAGCUCUGCGUCAUUAGCUUCGAAUCCAGCAACGGAGAAAAUGUGGAAAAAGGGACUCCGUUUUCUUUCCCAUCGCUCAAUCAAGAAGGCGAGGAAGAAGUUAUCAGCAAUCUCACCUCCGCCGAUUCGGCUUCGGACUACUUUGUUUCGCCUGAGAAUGAGCUGGAACAAUCGGCGCUGGAGCAAAAUGGAUUACCAGCAGCGCUGUACUCAUCCUUCAUGAGUUACGGCACGGACUUUAUGGACGAUGAGAAUUUUUUGAAUUUUGAUCAUACAGAUAUGUUUUAAGUUUUGCUAAUG